ACAGCCGGAGCUGGGCGGUGGCGGGCGCUGCUGGAGCGUCCAUCCGAUCGGGAGGCGCUGGCGCAAUGGACGGACUGGAAGAGAAUGGAAGUGUUGUCCAAGUAGGAGAAUUACUGCCUUGCAAGAUUUGUGGAAGAACAUUCUUUCCAGUAGCAUUAAAAAAGCAUGGACCUAUUUGCCAGAAAACUGCAACCAAAAAACGGAAGACUUUUGAUUCAAGCAGACAGAGAGCUGAAGGAACGGAUAUUCCAACAGUAAAACCUCUUAAACCAAGGCCAGAACCACCAAAGAAGCCAUCUAAUUGGAGAAGAAAGCAUGAAGAAUUUAUUGCCACCAUUCGAGCAGCUAAAGGCCUUGAUCAGGCACUGAAAGAGGGUGGCAAGCUUCCUCCCCCUCCUCCACCUUCCUAUGAUCCUGAUUAUAUUCAAUGCCCAUAUUGCCAGAGGAGAUUCAAUGAAAAUGCAGCUGAUAGACAUAUAAAUUUCUGUAAAGAACAGGCAGCGCGUAUUAGCAAUAAAGGAAAGUUUUCUACAGAUACCAAAGGAAAACCAGCUUCCCGGACGCAGUAUAAACCACCUGCAGUUAAGAAGUCCAGUUCUCCUGGAACCACAUCGUCAGGAUCUUCACGAUUACCACAACCAAGUGGAACUAGCAAACCUGUUGUAGGUUUGCCUUCAGGUAAAGUGUCUUCAGUUAACAGCUCUUUGGGAACUAAACUUCAGACCUUAUCUCCCUCUCAUAAAGGGAUGGCAGCCCCUCAGACAGGUAAGAUGGGCAUGUUAGGCCCUCCACUUCGAACUGGAAGAAAUAUGCAAAAGUUGUAUGACUGUGAUACAAAAUCAAACAGUGCCAUCAAAAGACAUGAGUUAUUACCCAUUUACAAAACUAACAUCAAACCUCGAAAUUCCACACCACCUAGUUUGGCAAGAAACCCUGCCUCGGGUGCACUUACAAACAAAAGAAAAACAUAUGGAGCUGACAGUCAGGUAGCAAGGCCAGAUGGGGACUACACAUCUUCGUUUAAUGGUGGAAGCAUUAGAAGCACUGAAGGAAAUUCAUCUGGACACUUACCAAAAUUUUGCCACGAGUGUGGGACUAAAUACCCUGUAGAAUGGGCGAAGUUCUGUUGUGAAUGUGGCGUUCGGAGAAUGCUUCUAUGAAUAGCAACCCAGAUGAAAAAGAACCAGGUUCAGAAUUCUAUGAUUAUUGCUGCUUGGACAGCUAGAGCACUUCCUCUGGUUAUUUUGUGCUAAAAAUAUUCAAAAUAUCUUUACUGGUAAUUUUGGGCACAUAUCUUAUGGUUGUAUUAUGAGUAUUUGUAUAUAUGUGUACAUAAGCUGUAUAGAAUAAAUACCUGAUGAUAUUCCUUAAACUAUACCAUGCAAGGAAAUACUUGUCUUUCAGAAAAUAAUUUCUAAUGGAACCAUUAACUUAGGUAUUACAUUUCUCCUGUAGUGCAGGCACAUUCAGUGUAUGUGUCCACAAAUUCUCAGACUUUAUGCUUCACACUUGGGGUAAUCAGAAGGUUAAAAACAAAUCAGAGUGAUUGUUUUCAUUAUUGAUGCCUGUCUCUAGAUAGUGGUGUGAUAGGAUGGCAUAUUCUGAAUUUACUGAUUGAGGAUAAUGAUUUUAGUACUAUUGGGUUUGUGAGGUCAUUUUCCUAUUGAGAUUUUUAAUUAAGUUAUAGCUAAUUUUAUAAAUCCUAAAAAAAAUGCAAGCAGUAGACCCCCCGAGAUCGACAUUGCUCACAGCGUAUUAUUAAUUAUGUAAAGAUUAUUACUACUCAUUCUGUGAAAAUGUAAUGAUGCAUUUCUUUUCAGAGACACAAAUUUAAAGACAUGUCUAAUUUAUAACCAAAUGAGCUUUUAAAACUUUUGUGUGAAUUAGUUGAACAAUUAUGUUUUCUUCCUGCAUUCUAAUCAUGUUGCCAAAUUUCUCAUUCCUUUUUCUUUUCCAAAACCUUUAUGGAGCACUUUUAGUUUACUGCUUCAUUUUUAUAAAUUUUUGUUAUAUCCUACAUGUUUAAAAUUUUUUAUUUUUGUGUAACUGAAUUUAGAAUAAACUAUUUCUAAUACAUCUUAAGGCACUUCACCUAAUAAAUAAUAACCACAGUAUUAAUCAUUAGUGCUGAGCAUGCAAGUCAAAAGUAUUUGAAUAUUAGUUCCUUGACGUAUAUUUAAAUACAGAUGUGAGUAGGAUAAAAGGAUAUUUCAUUUUUCCUACUCAUUUUGUUUAGUGUUUAGUAUUGAAUCACCAUUCACAUCUCAAAGUCAAAAUAUGUUUAAUGUGUAACCAACCUGUUAUAUAACUAAAUAUAUACAAAAGUUUGUAUUUUUUUCUUCAGCUCGACUAAAAAUGAGCUUUCAAUCAUCGUCAUUUUUAGGAUGACACAGUGUUUAGUAGGAAAUCAGUCAUUUUGUAGUAAUUUCAGUUCAGUCAAAUGUAAGUGAACAUCUUAAAAAGGUAGAAGCAAACCUUUUAUAUCUUAUGUAAUCUCUAGCUUGUUUAUGAUUCUGAUCAACUGUAUUCAUUGUAAAAAAUUGUAGGUUAUAGUUUUUCAGAAAUUCUGAAUUUUUCUUACUUGCUUUUUUAUUGUUGAUUUGUGCAGGAGUUUAAACCUAGUUUAUUUAUAGGAUUAUUAUUUUUGUGUACCUUAUAGAUUUCUUCCUGAUAAUUUUUAUUAGUAUUUUCCUUUCUAUCAUAUUCAGUCAUAUUGAUAAAGAAAAAGCAAAUAUCCAUCAGCUAGAAUAAGCUAUAAUGUGUUUAAAGACUUGUGUAUGCAUUGGGCUUCCUCUUCGUUAUGUUUAUUCUAUCCUCAUUGUCAGAAAUCAGAUGAGGAGCACUGAACACUUUCUUUUAUCUUAGGAAUGAGCACUAUUUUCAUUCUAGUAUUUUUAAAGAUUGUAUAAUUUUUUCGUGUGUGCUUAAGGCAGGGGUAGGUUAAACUAAAUAACAAAAAAUUUUUAAAAGGUGAGUAAAUUGGCAUAUGUUUGUUUCUCACUGAAUUUUAUAGUAGCAAGUAAAUGUUGUAGUCUGCCAAAUGAAAUUGAAUUGGUAAGAGAUGAUCUAAUCCAGGCCUCAAAGAUUAUUAUAAGCAGUAAGUAGAUGAAAUAUAUUUAUGACAUAUAAACAUGUGACAAUUUAAAUGCAUUUCAUAUUGCAUAUCUUGUUCUCACAUUGAUUUUUUGUGCAAUUCUUGUUGAGAAAAUUUUCUAUGCAUCAUUUUAUUUAUUUUCACAAGUAUUUGUGUAGUAGAAUAAGAAAUGAUAAGCUUAAAUUAAAUUGUAAAAAUUAUAUAUUAUUCUGAAAGUCGUUAGCUUGAAAAAGUAAGAAUGUGGCUGCUGUUUGUUGUCUCUUAAGUGUUUUUAUCAAGAUGUUAUCUUUUUCGAGUCAAUUCAAUAAAGACACAAAGCAUAAA